AUGACUAACCGGAAACGCACGCUGGAAAAUCCUGCGUCGGACGAUGCAAAACGUCCAAAACUUGAUGAAUCGUCGGUGGUGAACCAAGCUGAUGAAAUUGCAGCACCACCGGGAACCAAGCAUCAAACCGACGCAUCCUUAGCGACCGACGCAGGCAGCAUACAGUUGAGCUCUCAAGCUAGUCAACACACUAACAAUGCAACAAUGUCUGCAACUGACCCUACCUCUGCACCUCUGGUUCCUACCAACGCAACAACUAUCACAACUGUUGCUACGGAAGCGCGGCUGGCGGUCACUCUGUCCAUUCCUACUACGGUGCCAAUGACUUCCCAAGCGACAGACCUUGGAGCAUAUUCGAUUACGCCUCAAUCAACAACGUCACCUUCAAGUUCCAGUCCCGUGUCACCGCCACGUCUUCCACAAAUUCAUCGCCCACCUCAGAUCAAUCACGCCAGUGGAAUAUCAGGAACCAGCGGCCGAUGUGCCACUAUUGGAUCAUUGCUAGGGUCCGUAACUAUCACGGCUGUCGAUGAGGAUUAUAUCAAAGAUUUGCCCGAUGACGUCCAACAGCGUGUCAAGAACUUGAUGGCCUUUGAAAACCCGUCUCAAAACACGUUUGCGUGGGGCAAGCUUCCGCGAAACGCCGCGUGGGGCAGCAUCACGAGUUCUAUCGCCAACACCGACAAACUUAUCUGCAAUCCCCAUACCACUACGCCUAUCAAUGUCAUAUGCUGUGGUAAAGUCAUCUCACUAUCAUUUGGUAGCCAAGAGCAGCCUGUCCCUAAGGCGUCUAUCGUCAUUCUGCCACCUUCGCAACCUCUCUCAAUCCAGGCCUGUCGACUCACUUCAGGCCUAUCUGACCCUACUCUCACAAUGCCAGAUCCGCUAACGUGGCAUACCGUACAGUUCAGCAGGUUCCAACAAUGCAAGUUGCCAAACGGCGAGAAAGGUCCCAUUGUCCUCUUCGAUUCUGUUUACGAUGCCCAACUCGGUAUUUUGCCCCGAACAGUGAGACCUAAGCUGACACCUCUGGACAUCAAGAAACACAACAUAGUUAUGAUUGAAGCGCGUAUCAGCAAAUACAAUACGAAAUCACUUGACACGGGUAGGUGGCUUAGUCGCGCUCAAUACGAGUUUACGGCAAUCCACUUGCUUUACUCAUCGCCUAUCAUUGAGACGGGCGAUGAAGAGGUUGGAGAUGACGAUGUUUUUGCCAACUUAACUUCGUUCUGA